UUCUCUGUUUGUUUACAUUUCAUUAAUCUCAAUACACAGAUGAUACAAUUGUGUAUAACUAUUUUCUAAGAUUUACGAGUGCCACUUGAAAAUACAUUUCUAAAUCUUGAUUAUACGAAUCUAUUCUCCUCGUGACUAACAGAAAAACUUUAUAGACACUAGAAAGAUUGACAAAUUUGUAUGAUUAUAGGAUUGACACGAGGUCGAUCUGCCAAGAGGGGUCCCCCGGGAGGAAUCCAUGGGAACUGGCUCCUAUUAAGUGAAGAAAGCCCGGUAAACUCCGCGUGCCGAACCCGCCAACAGAGUUCAGUUCUUUUAUACACUUCGGCCACUGGUGGGCUUAUAAAUCUGGAUAGGGUCUGAGCAAGUGUCGGGGAGCAUCCACGAAGGGCCUAAGGCUACUUUUAGUCGUAUAAACUUCUCCCUUCCGUCCGCAACUUCACUCCUUUCUGGCCGGCGAGGUAGAGACAUUCGAACAGGAAAAUUACGAACGAGCACGAAAUUUGAGGCUGCGAAAUCCGAUGGGUCGGCCGAUCUUCAAUCGGAAUCCAUCUGCAGAAAAAUCAAAUUAAACACUCUACCCAAAGCGAUACGAGUGCUCGAAUGUCCAAGUUAAUGAAAACGCAACUCGUAUUAGCCAGAAAACAAUACAAAUUGCUUUUUUACGAAUAUCUUCACAGGCUGUAAAUUUCAGUGUGGAGCCCAUUCUUCUUGAAAGAUCUUAGAACCAUUUCUUUAGUUAUGGACCAUUUGUCUAAAGAAAAUCUCUUCAUUUUCAAAGUUUGGUCUUGUGAAGUUUACCGGUUUUUCUUCGCGUGUCCAACACCCAAAUAGGAGCCAAUUUCCCAUUAAAAGUCCUUCCUUGACAGGUCUCUCACGUGUUAUGUCGCCGUCUUUCAUCAAUCCAAUCCAAUCCAAUCCUCUGAAUGCCCAAAAAAUUCAGUUUCAAUCACCGCAAUAAAAAUAGUCAAAUAUAUUAUUAAGCGUCACUAAAUAGGGAUUAGGAUCUGAUUAAUUAAGGAUCUGGCACUCUUAUUCUCGGGUGAAGUUCUUGAAUCCCAACACAAGACAGCAAAAUUGAGGAUUUCGGAGUGAAGAAAUGCAGGCGUUACGCAAGCUUAUAUAGGGAAAAAACAGAUAUCUUUCGAGCUUAUCAAUUAAGGAUUGAAUUGUUUCCAGAUAGCGAUUACAACUGAAAACGUAACAAAAAAAAAUCCUAAAAUCAAUGCGUAACAAAUAUUUCUUAACAGAGAUUCUUUGAAGUAAUUCCUCGUAACAGAUACUCGUUACGAUACUUCCAUUUUAAGUUGGAUUAGGACAAUUAAAAUGCAUUUAAAGACACGUAACUCAACGUUACUUUCGAUGUAAUGUGUAUUAAGUAACCACCAUCGCAAGAUAUAUCGAUAGCCAGAUAGCGUAACCCGAAUGGCUUUGAUAUCCCAAAACCUAGAAAUUUAGAAAAGAGGUCGAGGUUGGGCGCGAGUACUUUAUCUAAUAUUAAUUAAUAUAUCGAUUGGGGUAAGUUUCGGGUAAAUUGCCGGAGCGUAACAAUAGGUGAAGUGUUCUCGCCAAGAAUUUAAGAAAUCCAUGCGAUUGCAGACGUUUAGAGAUAAUUUUAGCAAUCGGUUAGUCGAAGACAAAAUGGCGGCUCCAUGCAAAACGGGAUACUUGGACGUCAAGAUACAGCACAAGAGCAGAGGCCUCAAGAAUUGGAAGACUUGGAAGAAACGUUGGGUGGUGAUUUCGAGUACGGAUUUGAGGCUGAUGGGACCACCCUCUUUGGUGAUACAAAUCUAUUCUAACGAUGGUCAGAAGGACAAGAAUUGCCUCUUCUCCAAAUCUUUCUCCUCCAAGCUUUCGGUGGUGUACAGGAGCAGAUCUCGAACGCACAGGCACGCGUUCAGCAUGGCCGAAGAUGGGGGUGCCGUGUUGCAUUUGGCGGGAGGAAGCGAGAGCCACAGCCAGGACUGGAUGGCGGCCAUCAGAGAUCUGUUGUGGCCUCCUAGUCCCUUACUCCAACUAAAAAUGGCUUAUAAAGGAAGUUAUGACGUUUCUUUAAUCGAUAACGAAUUCAGUUACCAGUCUGGAAUGCUGGGACUCUACGGUCACUUCAUGGCCACCGCCGACAGGUUGGUACUUUCUACCCCCGAUACCGGUAGGGUGGUGAAAGAAUGGAAACUGUGCCACGUCAAGAGGUAUCAGUUGGUACCACAGAUUAACAAAGAAGAUGCUUAUAAAGUGUUUUCCCUGACUAUUAGCGAACCUGGCGGCUUUGCCGGUCAGCUUCAGUUCUACAGUGUUAAUUCCAUGUCCAUACUUCAAAAAGUAAAUCGUGCUCUGGAUUGCUAUGAACCGGUCGACUCUCUUCUGGACACGCCGGUGGAAGAGGUGGAUCUGAUUCAGUUUGACGAUUACAGACGGCAUCCCGGAGCCACUACGGAUGAUGAAUUAGAAGAAAACAGGCAUUCUCUGGGAAGUUCCGGUUCCGGUAGUACGGACACUUCGGAGAGCACGACGUCGACCCGUUUAUUUCUCCUGCCCGACAACAUGCUUAACUGCAGUGUUAACUCUGGUCGGAUGCAACAGCAAGACGAAGACAGCGAUUCCUUUUCUCCACCCUCCUCUCCGUCAUUGCAUGAGGAUCUAUCCAACUUUGAUUUCCCUUCUCCGGAACUUGACAAUGCAGACAAUCCCCAUAUAUAUGUAGACAUACAGGCUUACGACGAAGAAAGCCCCAAAGAAUAUAUAUAUGAAGAAUUAGAAGAGAGUGAAGAUUCCACUGGAAAAGAAACUGUACCGCCUCUUCCUCCCAGGAAUACUUAUCUCCACUUGCAGAAUACUCUACCCGAUAAACACAUUUCAGCACUAUCGAGGAUAAAAAGGGCAAAAAUUUCUAAGCUCUUUCAUAAAAAUGAAAGAAGAACCCAAAGUGCAUCUUCUGCAGAAUGUAACGAAAUUACUAAAGAAAAUUUGGUUCGGACCGAAUCCCUUCCAAUUUUUGUACCAUCCAAAUCUCACUAUGCACCCUCUCCGUUAUCGAUCUCUGCACCAGAAACUCUAUCGGGAUUUUGUAAUCCGAUGCAACACACAUGUGAUGAAACGAAUGCGGAUGAAACCUCGCAUGGCACGAAUUUCCGAGGGAGAAGCAAAACUACUCCGAGUGGAGCCAGCGAAUUACACACCAUAAUAGCAGAAUUGGACAAAGUGCAAUCGAAGCACAGACACUUCAGACAGUGUAUGAAAGCGUUAUCGACAGAAAACUUAAUAAAACAAGAACUUUCGCUACCUUUGUCACAAUGCAUCGAAGACUUAAGAAGAUUUUCCUCCGAAUACUGCAACAUGAAUGCAGAUCCUGUAUAUAUCGACAUGAACGGUAUAAACGGCGUAGACACGCAGACUGAAGAAAGCUGAGAAAUCUGUUGUAAAAUGUAAUUUUUUUUUUAAAUAAGAU